AAACGGGGGGGUUACUUCCGGUUUCUACCACAGGAAGACAGACAGUUUUCAUUGAUAAAUCGCACAACAUUGGCUACUUUUCAGUUUUAGUACAUUUAUUUAUACAAUUUCUAUACAUUUGUUAAGACGCCAUGUCGGGAAUACCACCAGAUACCUGGCAGCCACCCACAGUGAGCCUGGAGACAACGUAAGUUCCGGUAGCUUGCUAGCCUACGUUAGCUAAACGUUUUGAAUGAAUGAAUAGCUAGUAGUUAGAUAGUUAGGAGUUACUCAAUUGCUUGCUGUUCAAUCAUGUUUUUCCAAUACCAAAUGCUGUCCAUUGAUUAAUUUCAUAAUGGAUGGAAAAUGAAUGCUUCGUCUUAGCUACAUUGUAUGUCUUCUUGUGUUCCAGAAUGGGUACAAUUGCAGUGGAACUUUACUGGAGACAUGCUCCCAAAACCUGCAAAAACUUUGCUGAGUUGGCCAGGAGAGGUUACUACAACAACACCAAGUUUCAUCGUAUCAUCAAGGACUUCAUGGUGCAGGGAGGAGACCCCACAGGAACAGGUGAGACAGACACACACACACAAAUAUACACACACUAACACAGAUGAGGCCUGGAGAAAUUCUUCAGAAUGCCAUGUUAACUAUUGUUCCACUACCAGGCUUUUGGCCUCCUGAGCAUGAAUCAGCUGUACACUUUUUUCUGUUCUGAGUGGUGAUACAUUCAGAAUGUUCCAGAGACAGAAAAGAAGACUCACUAAACUCAAAUGAUGACUAAAUCUGUUGAUGUGGACUAAAUCUGUUGAUGUCGACAUCAGAUUCUUACUCCCUGUAAUGUGCGUUGCUUAUAGGUCGUGGCGGUGCCUCCAUAUUUGGCAAACAGUUUGAAGAUGAACUUCACCCUGACCUGAAAUUCACAGGUAACUAUACAGUCUUACAGUAAUGAAAUGGAGAAAACAUGUCAUAUUACCAAAAUGUUGUAUUUUUAUGGUGCUUUCUACUGCUCUCUAAUGGUGCUCUGUUAUGGUGCUGUCUCCCUAGGUGCAGGGAUCCUAGCGAUGGCCAAUGCAGGACCAGACACCAACGGAAGCCAGUUCUUCCUGACCCUGGGGCCUACUCAGUGGUUGGAUGGGAAGCACAGUAUCUUUGGGAGGGUAUGCCAAGGUAUGGCAGUGGUCAACCGCGUUGGCAUGGUGGAAACAAACACACAAGACCGACCUGCCGAUGACAUAAAAAUCCUCAGGACGACUGUACCCAACUGAGACGCAUUCAUACAACCAAGGGCUACUUUUUUAUUUGUACAGUAAUUUUGUCAUGAUUUAAAAAUUAAAAUUAAAAAUGCCUUUAAUUUUGUUAUUCUCAAAUCAAUAAUGUAACCAUUAUGGUCAUAAUCACUU